GCCCGGGCCGGCGCGGCCCCCCUGGGCCCCCCCCCGCCAUGGUGUCGUGGGUGCUGAGCCGGGCCGUGCUGCUGGUUUUCGGGAUGCUGUACCCCGCCUACGCCUCCUACAAGGCCGUGAAGAGCAAGAACAUCCGCGAAUACGUGCGCUGGAUGAUGUACUGGAUCGUCUUCGCCCUCUUCAUGGCCACCGAGACCGUCACCGACAUCUUCCUCUCCUGGCUUCCCUUCUACUACGAGGUGAAGAUGGCCUUCGUCGUCUGGCUGCUGUCCCCGUACACCCGCGGCUCCAGCCUCCUCUACCGCAAGUUCGUGCACCCCACGCUGUCCCGCAGGGAGCAGGAGAUCGACACCUACAUCAUCCAGGCCAGGGAGCGGGGCUACGAGACCGUGGUGCGGUUCGGCAAGCGGGGCCUCAACAUCGCCGCCACCGCCGCGGUGCAGGCGGCCGCCAGGAGCCAGGGCGCGCUGGCCGGGCGGCUGCGCAGCUUCAGCAUGCAGGACCUGCGCUCCCUCCCCGACGAAGCCCCCGUGCACUACCGGGACCCCCUGUACCUGGAGGAGCAGGAGAGCCGCAGGCAGCCCCCGGGUGAGCCGGGAGCAGCGGGGUCCCUGCGCGAGGAGGAGGAGGAGGAGGAGUGCUGGUCGGACUCGCAGGUUUCCCCCAAGCCCACCCCUCACCCCCGGGACCCCAGACCCCUCUCCCGGAGCCAGAGCUUGCGCGCGGCGAAGAAGAAGCCCCAAGGCAAAGAGGGCUCUUCCCGGCUGGCGCGCGGCCGCCUUCGGAAGAAGCCGGCUCGGACGGAGCAGGACAAUUAA